UUUGUUUCUCGUCCAGGUUCUUUCUUAUUCUCCUGGUCUGUUCUGCAGGCACUGUAGACUCGGAGACUGGGGGAGAAUGGAAGAAUGAGGACAAGGCAUGGAAGCACGGAGAACCUGAGAGACUGGCCAUGCCGUCCGUGCUGUGUCUCAGCCAUCCCACCAGAUGCCGAUGGCUGGCUGCUGUGCAACUCGACUCCUUGUACAUGAAUGCUACCUGCAACUUUCAAUGUAUUAGUAGGCAUACAGCCGUACUGUAUGGACGCCACAUGCAAAUGGGACUGGACUGGACUGGCCUUAUCCACAGCUCCAUCCGGUCAACAACUGACGUAGCUCCAAUUGACACAUGCCGCUUGGCGACGACAAUCAGUGCCGGGCAUUGCCCACGGCUCAACUCGACUGGAUUCGAUUCGACUCGAACUCUCAUUGACAAGCUGCUGCGUCUACAUGCUGCCCAGCUACUAACUAUACCUGUAGUAUGCGUUAAUAUGUCUUAUUAGCACCAAUUCAGCACAGUCUAUCUAUAUCUUACCUGUACGCGUACCAAGUGUUGUAUUCGUACACCUCAGCGCUUCCUCCAAUUGCCGCCGCCGCUAGGUAUUUCCGCUUCCAGUUCCAUGCUUCCCUCA